AUGUCCUCACUACCUCUCGCCUUCCAGAAAGAAAUCGUCGCUGAACUCGUUGCAGAGGAUGCUCUGCUCAUUAUGGCUAAGGGACUGGGACUCCGCAACAUCCUCGGUGCAUUCCUGCAGAUUUACUCUCAGCCUCAGAAUCUCGUUUUGCUCAUCAACACAAACACCGAGGAAGAGACGGCGCUUCGGGACGACCUCCUCAGGUCCAGUGGUAUCGACAAGGGUGGUGCCUCCCACUUCAAGAGCAUCACAAGCGAACUGAGUCUUGCGGAGCGUAGCGACCUUUACCGCUAUGGAGGCAUCAUGGCCAUCACGUCGCGUAUCCUGGUCAUGGACCUGCUCACAGGCCGAGUUCCCGUCCAGCUCAUCACAGGAAUCCUUGUCGCCAACGCACACAGGGUGACUGCAUCCACCACCGAGGCAUUCAUUUUGCGACUUUUCCGUCAGAGCAAUUCAGAGGGGUUCAUCAAAGCUUUCAGUGAUCAGCCGGAGACUCUGUCAACAGGAUUUGCGACUCUAGAAAAGACGUUGAAACUGCUAUAUCUCCGUAAAGUGAACCUCUGGCCACGUCUGGAGUCUCACACCGCGGAUGUUAUCGAAAUUCGACAGCCAAUGACGAAGGCAAUGAAGACUAUCCAGGCAGCCAUCAUUAAUUGCAUGGAUAUUUGCUUGCAGGAGCUUCGACGGUCCAGCUCAGCUAUUGAGAUUGAUAUUGACGACUUCACGGUGGAGAAGGCCCUGUUCAAGUCAUUCGAUGUUAUCAUCAGGAGGCAGUUGGAUCCUAUCUGGCAUCGCGUCAGUCACAAAACGAAGCAGUUGGUCUCGGACUUGAAGACUUUACGCAGUUUGUUGGGCUAUCUUGUGUCCUACGACAGCGUCAACUUUAACCUGUACCUUGAGACCCUCUUGGCCUCUGUGGGCCCUCACUCAGGAAACUAUUGGAUGAUGACGGAUCCUGCGGACAAAAUCUUUUCGACCGCGAAAUCUCGCGUUUAUCUCCAACAGGAUGGAUACAAGGAUCCUGACGACCCCAACAUCCUGCCCAAUAUGAGACCCAUUCUGGAAGAGCUUCCCAAAUGGGAUAUUCUGUCUGAGAUCAUGGAUGAAGUUGAAGUCGAGAUGCAUAACGCUCCUCACCCCGAAGGACUGGAUACGGUUCUCAUUAUGGCACAUGACCAGCGAGCUUGCUUACAGAUCAAGCGAUAUCUGUCGACACCCAAAACAAGCGCGUCUUCAAGAGGCAAGCCCCUCAUGCGCGAUUUACUGCAUGGAUACUUGCAGUGGAAAUCCAACAUGAAGCAUUUUAAGGACAAUGUCGCUACCAAAACUCCCACCAGUCUCGCCUCCUCUAUGGCAUCUUCAGAAGCCGAGGUCAUCGCCACAUUUAUCAACACGAACCACCAAGCUAGUUCGAAGUCUACUGCUCGCAUUUUCGAUCACGACUUGGAAGAAGUGGACGAUUUUACGGAUUACUUUGGCCUCGUUGAGCCGAGUAAUAUGGUUCUUGUUCACAGUUAUUCUGGAGAAUCAGACUCACUGCUGCUGGAGAACAUCAAACCGCGCUUCAUCAUUAUGUACGAUCCAGAUCCAACAUUUGUCCGGUGUAUCGAGGUUUACAAAGCGCGCCAUCCAGGAAAGCAAGUGCGCGUUUACUUUACAGUUUACGAUAAUUCUGUCGAAGAACAGCUGUACCUGAGUGCUCUUCGUCGCGAGAAGGACGCGUUCACAAGGCUGAUCCAAACCAAGUCGAUGAUGGUAUUGCCAAUAGGCGACACAUUCACAAAACAAGUGCAGGAUCAAUCACUUCUCAGGAACAUCCACACUCGAAUUGCAGGAGGAGGAAAGACUGGCGACGAGCGGCCACCACCCAGGAUCGUUGUCGACGCAAGAGAGUUUAGGAGCUCGCUGCCGUCCAUUUUGCACUCACAAGGAAUGGUUCUCGACCCUUGCACAAUCACUGUCGGAGACUACGUUCUGUCACCCAAUAUCUGCGUUGAACGAAAGAGUAUUUCCGAUCUUAUCUCAUCGUUCGCAUCUGGACGACUGUAUACACAAGUUGAGGCGAUGACUGUGCACUACACCCGGCCAGUGCUUUUGAUUGAGUUUGAUGAAGACAAGUCAUUCUCUUUGCAGGACAAGGCGGACAUUAGAGCCGAUAUCUCUGUGACCGAGCUAUCGUCCAAGCUAGUCUUGCUUACGCUCGCAUUCCCUUCAUUGCGACUCAUUUGGUCUUCCUCAGUGCAUUCGACUGUUGAGAUAUUUGAAGAUCUGAAGCGGUCAGAGGAUGAGCCGGAUAUGCAGCAGGCACAGGCGGUUGGUGUUGAUGCCAACCAAGCGAUUGACAGUGCAUAUAAUCUGACGCCGCAAGACAUUCUUCGCAGUUUGCCGGGUAUCACAUCGAAGAACUACAAGCAGGUCAUGAGGCAUGUUGAAAGUAUCCGCGAGCUGGCAGAACUGGAUGUUGCAAGCCUAUCCAACAUCGUUGGCGAGGGCCCAGCAAAGACGCUCUGGGAAUUUUUCCACAAGGACUCUCGAAUGGACAUGUCCUAA